CUAGAGAGAGGAAAAUGGUUCCAAUGUGGAAGGGAAAAUGGUUGCAGUUUCUUCUCAAGAUGGUCGUGCUCACGUACUUAAUGCUCUUGGUUUUCCAUCCAGAUACUACCACCGCGAUGGAUACUCCUGGAGGAAUUUCUGACUCCGGUAGCGACGGCGACGAUCCCACUCAUGACGUGGAAAUCAUACAGCUUGCUAUAUUUGCAGUUGAACAAUUCUGCCAGCAGACGCCUGCAGCACCAAUCAAGUUCUCGAGGGUCGUAUCUGCAAGGACUCAAGUGGUGGAAGGAAUCAUAUACUACUUGGUCAUUGAGGCGGUUGACAACAAAGGAGAAAUAGAGCAGUUUGAAGCCAUGAUAUGGGUCAAGCCCUGGGAGAACUUCAGGCAGAUUGUGGAGUUCAAGCAGAUCUAGUGCAACACAUAUGGUGAAGAAUCAGUUGUUUAUAACACUAGAUUUUUAUGUUAAAGAAGCUGCCAAUUCAAAGAUCUCAAUGUGAGAUCUAAUAAUAAGCAAAUAACUGUUGCCCUAUCUCCUACUUGGAAAGAAUAAAGUGAUAUAGAUCUUAACUGCAA